GCCCGGUACUAAACAUUGUCUUUUUUCGGGUUUUUUUAUAAAAAAAAAAAACAAAUAAAAUAAAGAAAAAUCUGAAAAAAAAAAUCUGAAGUGAGAGGCUUUAUCGUUUAAUAUUGAGGUGGUUGUUUGUUGUGUGUGGUCUCUACUCGUUCCUCUGGUUUUAUAGUUUGUUCAGUAGAGAGAGAAAGAUCAGCCCCAACAACAACACUUCGACCUUGACUUGACCCAUCAAAUUUCAUAUAUAUAUACAUAUCGAUCGAAGGAAUCAAUGGAUACGGGCGCCGAAUCUCCGGAGUCCUUAAGCGAAUGGGAGCAAAUCGACUCACCUUUUUCUCCUCCUCACGUGGCCGGAACCCAUGUUCAUCUACAACAAGACCACUCUCCUGAUUCGCCAUCUUCUUCUUCUUCGUCUUCUUCGCCGACGCCGGCAGUGUCGUCGUCCUCCUCGACCAAUUUGAGGCCUAACGAGGAGGAAGCUCGACGGCGGCCUGAAUCUGACUCUCGGCUUGCGGCGGUGAAGGAAUUCAAGAAGCAAUUGAGGUUGCGAUUUGGGAUUCUGAAGACCGAUGUGCUUGGUGUGGCUGCCAAGGUUUGUAAUUACAGGUUGGUCGCCGUGUGGAGAUUCUGGUCGAUUGUGUCCGUGGCCGGAGCGAUUACGGCGGUGUUGCUCUCUUUUAUAUACGCAAAGCUAUGGCGGCCGCGAUGGAGACCGAGAGUCCUUCCCCGCCGCCGCCGCGAAAAUAACGAACCUCUGCUUCUUCUACUCAAAGAGAAAGAUGAGAAAAUCAGCCAGUUGUUAGUUCAGAUUGCGCAAAUGAACGAAGCAUUAUCGGCACGGCGCAGGGUUCCUGUAAUUCGAGUUGGUUGAGCAGCCAUAGUCGUACGUGUGUGUAUAUAUAUAUAUAUAUAUAUUUGUAUGUAUUUUCUUCUUAUACCGAUUGAAGAGCUAAGUUGGCAUAAAAAGAAGUGUUGCUGAUCACUACUAUUUUUUUGUAGUUAUAUAAGCUUAGUUUGAUACUAUUAUUAAAUUCAAGAAAAAGACUUGGUUUGGUGUAUCUAUCACUUAAAAAUUCAUAUACAGUAUAUAUAAUGAUCUCUUUCUUUA